GAAUGGCGUCUCAGUGCGGGCUGCGGUUAUGUAGCAGGAACUGCAGCUGCUCGACAUUGAGGAAAGAUGGCGACCAGAGUCCUUCAGAGCCUGGGAAAGGGCCUGCACCAGGCUAGCAACGGGUUCCUACCGAAACAGCAGGCGGUAUUAACUCUCAGAACCCUGUCUGCGUCCUCAAAUCUAAACCGAGAAGACAGCUGGUUUAAGUCUCUCUUUGUGCGAAAGGUUGACCCCCGGAAGGACGCGCAUUCUCAUCUGCUGGCCAAGAAAGAAGACCAUAACCUGUAUAAAAUUCAGUUUCACAAUGUCAAGCCAGAGUGCCUUGAUGAUUAUAACAAACUUUGCGAACAAGUCUUGCCGUCUAUCCACACCAACCCUGAUUAUCCGUGCGAGCUGGUGGGCACCUGGAACACGUGGUAUGGAGAGCAGGAUCAAGCAGUGCAUCUGUGGCGAUACAGAGGAGGCUACCCCGCCCUGACUGAUGUCAUGAGCAAACUCAGGAUGAAUAAGGAGUUCAUGGAGUACAGAGAAAAGCGAGGGAAGAUGCUGCUGUCCCGUAGAAAUCAGCUGCUGCUCGAGUUCAGCUUCUGGAACGAGCCCGUGCCCAGAACCGGGCCCAACAUAUACGAGCUCAGAUCCUACCAACUCCGGCCUGGAACGAUGAUCGAGUGGGGAAAUUACUGGGCUCGGGCUAUCGAGCUCCGACAGCAGAACAACGAGGCGGUGGGAGGCUUCUUCUCUCAGAUCGGAAAUUUGUACAUGGUGCAUCACCUGUGGGCGUACAAAGACCUGCAGUCAAGAGAGGAAACUAGAAACGCAGCUUGGCAGCAUGAAGGUUGGGACGAAGCUGUCUAUUACACAGUUCCUCUGAUUCAGCACAUGGAGUCGAGAAUAAUGAUUCCACUGAAGACUUCGCCUCUGAAGUAGCUGCCUCGUCAUGACCCGGACAGAAAGCUGCAAAUCAGAUUGAUUGAUUGUUUUUUAUUACAAGAGUCCAACUGAAUUUCAAUCAGAUUUUGCACUGCUGUGGAUCUCUGCUCAGUUUUGAAAACAAUUUUUUGUAGCAUUCUAACCUUUUCAUUUCCCCCCUCGGUUUUGCGCCGUUUCCCAAAUUUUCUUACGCUCAUUGAUUAGAUUUGUGCGGCCAUUUUGAUCAGAAUUUCUCAACACCAGAGAGAUGAAUUACUCCGAAUACACACGGCACUCUAAAAUAUUAUUAAUUUUUUUUUUUAAAAAACAUAAGGUCUCCUAGAAGAACGGGGUGUUUUGUUUUUUUUUCCCUCCUGGUUUGUGCUUGUUACCAUAGUUACAGCGCUUCUGUUGUUCAUGUCAUGAAGCCUUUUCAAUGUUUUCUUUAAAAUCCAUUCAGGAUGUUUUGUCUAUCACUUCAUUUUGAGAUGUUGGCACCUUUUUUUCUGAUUUCUGAGUGACUUCCAGCAUGCUGUUUUGUUUUUUUUUUUUUUUUGUUUUGUUUUUUUUAAUUUUUUUUUUUUUUUUGUGGGGUUUUUUUGUGUGUGUGUUCAUUGAGUACGAGACAUUGAUCAAAAUAUCCUGAUCUGGAACUUUAGUCAAUAAUGUUCUUGUCUUCUGCAUAUUUACUGUAGUUCAGUUUUAUAACAGUAAUAGAUCUGUAAUAGAAACCGAAACCAUGUGGGUGAUUAACGCAGGUAGUGCGAGUCUUGUGUGCAGAAAUAAUUGUCUAAUACAAAUGGAAUAAAUGGUGAGAUUAAAAUUGAGUAAUACACUAUGCUUAUUUUACUGUAAGAAACCCAAGACGGGAUAGUUUGCUGAAUACUGACGGUGGUUGUGGGAAACGCAAUUGAAUUUUAUAUAUAUAUAUAUAUAUAUAUAUACACACACACACAUAUUUGAGCUGAAGUGUGAAAACGGUUCAAAUGCAACUUCUUCAAAACGACAACCCUUUAAGCUGGGGUUCUAACAGUCCAAUAAAUUUGACCGUCAUUUCUUUCAUUUGCAGCAAUGUUGUCUGUCUAGAUCAUUUCCAGUCACUGAUUAGGUUACAGCCAUGACGUGUGACGAAUUGUCGUACCUGUCCUCUUUUAUCCCAGAGAUCACCUUGUUAAUGAACGAGUAACGGAUUAUCAGACAACGUGGAAGCUUAAUCUUUCCACUUUGGGAAACUGGCGAAACUGGCAGGAUGUAGUUCUACUUAGCCAAACUGAGAUUCUGUGUGGAUAAUGGAUGGAUUCAUACGUGAUAUGCAAUGUGGUUUUAUUUAAUAUCCACUGCUUUGAGGAGAUUAGAUGUACACACUGAAAUAAAUUUAUGAUUGAACUACA